AUGAAUUUAUUAAAAAAUAUUUUAUUUAAUAACUUAUCUGAGGAACAACAGAAAAUUGUUGAAAUUCCUAUGAAUGUAAAUUUAUGUAUUAUAGCUUGCCCAGGAUCAGGCAAAACAUCUACCUUAACAGCUAGAAUUAUAAAAAGCAUAAUAGAAGAAAAAAAGUCUAUAGUUUGUAUUACGUUUACAAAUUAUGCUGCUAGUGAUUUAAAAGAUAAGAUUAUGAAGAAAAUAAAUUGUUUAAUAGAUUUAAGUGUAGAUAAUAAUAUAAAUCAAAAAUUAUUUAAUAAUAAAAAUAAUAAUAAUCUUAGUUUAAAAAAUAAAUAUACUUUAAAUAAUAUAAUGCAUAAAAGUAAAAUAAAAGUAUUAAACACAGUGGUCUUUAUAGGAACCAUACAUUCUUUUUGUAGAUAUAUCCUUUAUAAGUAUAAAGGAACUUUUAAAAUAUUAACUGAUUUUAUUAACAAUAAUAUUAUUAAAUUAGCCUUUAAUAAUUUCUACUCUUCAUUGAUGAAUAUGAAUAAAAAUACUCACACUGGAUUCAACGAGGGGCUUGACAAGAACAGCACCAAGGGUAAUACAGAAAAUCAAGACACUACAACUAAUAAAAAUAAUAAUAAUAAUAAUAAUAAUAAUAAUAAUAAUAAUAAUAAUAAUAAUAAUAAUAAUAAUAUCAAUGAUAACCAACCCAAUUGUAUACCACCCCAAUUAGCAUACUUCUUAAAUUGUAUGAAAAACUCAGAAAUAAAAGAAGAAGACGAAAAAGAAUUCUAUGAAGAAGAACAUGAUAUACAAAAUGAUAGUUUAAACGAAGAAGGCAAUGGUGACGCCGAUAACGAUAACGAUAAUAACAACGAUGAUGAUGAUGAUGAUGAGUUUUAUAAUUAUGUAUACAACUUUAAACAUUGUAAUGAGACAAUAAAUGAUUACUUCGAAAAUGAACAAGUACAAAGUAUGUUGAAAAAAAAGAAUAUUAUAUUUUUAAAAAAAAAAAUUAAAUUAAUGAAAUAUGUAGAAUUAUAUAAUAUACAAAUAGAAAUUAAUGAAAUAGAAAAGAUGUUUUAUGAUGAAUAUAAAAAAAUAUUCAAGAAAGCUAAAAAUAUAUAUUAUGAUUUUGACGAUUUAUUAAUUGAAACAUAUCGUCUAAUGAAAUAUAAUAUAGAUAUAAGAAAUAAAAUAUUAGAUGAAUGGCAUUAUGUAUUUUGUGAUGAAUUUCAAGAUACAAAUACAACACAAUUUAAUAUCUUACAAUUCUUUGCAAAUUAUAGUGUUCCUUCAACAUACAAUCAAUUAAUAGAUACUCCAAAAAAAAAAAAUUUGGACAAUGAAAAAAUUAAUGAUCAUCAUAAUAAUUCUAUUUAUAAUACAUACAAUACUAAACAGUAUAGUCAAAGUGUUCAAAACUUUUUUAGUGAAAAUAAAAUUGAUCAAAAAUUUUGUGAUCAAAUAUAUUUUGAUAAACAUUGUAAUAACAUACUUAUACAAAAAAAUAAAAAUGAACAAUCAAGAGGUGAACAGUCUGAAGAGAAAGAUGUUUUUAUGAAUCUACAAACAGUGCAAAGACAAUCUUUAUUAUCAAAUAAAAUAGAAGAUAUGAGUUCUUCCUCCAUAUCUUCAACAUAUUCAUAUUUAAAAAUCGAAAAGAAACAAAAAGAAAAAAAAGAAAAAAAAGAACACACAUAUUAUUCUCCUACUAAAAUGGACAAUAAUAAUAAUAAUAAUAAUAAUAAUAAACAAAGUGACGACAAAUAUCACAAACACCAUUUAGAAAAAGAAAAUAAUUUCUUUAACAAUAAUUUGAACGAAAAAAAUACUCCUGUCAAUUUAAAAGAUAGAAGUCUUACUGUUAUAGGUGAUGAUGAUCAAUCAAUAUAUUCUUUUCGAGGUGCUCAUAUUAAUGUAUUUCAUAAAUUUUUAAAAGAUUGUAAUUGUUUAUUAUUUAAAUUAAGUAAUAAUUUUAGAAGUACUAGAGAAAUUGUUAGAGUUUCUCAGAAUCUUAUUAUUAAUAAUAAAACAUGCAGAAUACAAAAACAACUUUAUACAAAUAAUAUUCAAGGAAAUAAAAUUCAAUUCCAUGCAUUCAAAACAUCUUGUGAUCAAAUAUCUUAUAUAUUGUCUGAAAUUAUUUAUUUAAAAAAAAUUUAUAAUUAUAAAUAUGGAGACUUUGUUAUUUUAUGUAGAACAAACAAAACAUUAAAAGAAACAUUAAAGAGUUUAAAUAAUAUUGAAAUUAAAAAGAAAGCAUAUAAAUAUUUAAUGAACAAAUUUUUAAGUGAUAAACAAAAGAAACUCUUAAAAGAAAAUGAAGGAAAUAAAAAACAAUUAGAAAAUAAGAACACAAAUGAUAUAUAUAAAAAUAUAUCUAUAAGAAAUAAUGAAAUAAAUAAUUAUAAAAAUAAUCAGAAAUGUGAACAAAAUGUUAACGACUUUAAUAAUAUAUUUAAUAUAGAUAGUUUUAAAAUACCUAUAAAAGAAUUAAACAAAAAAAAAGCUUUUUUUGGAUCUAAAGAAAUUAUUGAAUUAAUUACAUUCCUUAGAUUUUUAUUGAAUGUAGAUGAUAAUAUUAUAUUUAAAAAAGCUUUUAAAAUAAUAAAAAAUUUCAAAAAUACAAACCAUAUAAUAAAUAAAUUAACAAAAUGUCAAACAAAUCAACAUAUAUCAAAUAUUCUAAUUGAACAUUCUAAUGAUAAUAUACAAAUAAAAACACAAAACACAAAAAUUCAUAAAACACAACAAAAAAAAAAUGAUGAAAUCUUAUCUCUUUUUUCAUGUAUUAAGAGUAUCACUCACUUAUUUAUUUUGUAUAAAAGAAAAACACUAAAUAAAGAAUCAUUACGUGUAUUAGAUAUAUUUACAGAAAAAGAAUUAAAAACUAUUGUCGACUUUUUUUUUUGUAUUAAUUAUUUCUUAAAGUUUGCGGCACAUAUGAAUUCUGUGUAUCACUUAGUAAUAGAAGUAUUCAAGAAAACAAAAUUUUUAAAAAGGUUACAAACCAAAAUACAGAAGAAAAGGGAUGAAGAAAAUAAGGAAAACAAUAUUAUGAAAGAAACCAUAUCUCAACAAAGGAACGAUAACAUUGAAUCGGAUGUGAUUCAAAAUAUAGGUAGUGAUUCAAUGAAGGGAGACCAUCACAUCAGUGACAAUGAACAAAAGAAAAUGAAAUUAAUAAAUGAAAAACAAACGGAUGAGUGUAAAUAUGGGUGUUCUCAGCAGGUGAUAGAAAAAAGGGUCAACCAGGAUAAUCAUAAUAAUGGCAGUAAUAAUAAUAAUAAUAUGUAUGAUAAUAAUGACAAAAAUAAUAUAAGUCAUAAUAAUAACAGUAAGGAUAAUAUAUAUGAUGAGGCCGCAUUUACUAAUAAUGUAUAUACAACUGAAGAAACUAAUUCAAAAAAUAUUGAAGAGAAAAAAGGAAAUAUUAAAAAACGUACCUAUUUAGAAUAUAUAGAAAAACAUGAAAAGACGAAAAAAUAUAUUGACCAUGAUAAUAAUAAUAAUAAUAAUCAACAGAAUGAUUGCCAUAAUAACAAUAAUGAUAUGUUGGAUAUUAAUACUGUGAAUGAAAUUAAAAUAAAAAAAGAUCUCGAAUUAUUAUUUAAUAUAGGAGAUAAAGAUUUAAAAUAUAAUGAAAUACAAAAUAUUUUUAUCUUCUUAGAAAUGACAACAGAUUAUAAACCAAACUUAUUACAACAAUCAUGUUUAGAUUGUUUAUUUUGUUUUCUUAAUGAUUUCAAAAAUAAUGUACAUGAAAAUAUGCUAGUAGAAAAAGUUACCUUAACAACUAUACAUAAAGCAAAAGGAUUAGAAUGGAAAGUAGUUUUUAUUAUAAAUGUGACAGAAGGAGAAAUACCACAAACUGUUGAUAGUAAACAAGAUAUUAUUGAAGAAAGAAAAAUUUUCUAUGUAGGAAUUACUAGAGCCAAAUUUUUACUAUAUUUAUUAUGUUCAAUUCAAAAUAAUAAUUCUUCUGAAAAAAAUACUGUUUCGAGGUUUAUUAACGAAAUGAAUAUAUGA